CUGCUGUAACAAAGAGUUUCCCUUCAGGGAUCAAUAAAGUAUUUCUGAUUCUGAUUCUGAAAUACAAAUUUGACUUAAAGGAUAGGUUCACGUUUUUUCAAGUCUGUCUUAAAACAACAUUCCCAUAUGUAUAUUAAAAGAGUUAUUGGUUGAUGCAAUUGUUCUUCCUGUUGGCCUCAAAGAGAUCCCUUUGUAAUGUGAUUUCAAUGUAAGUAAUGUGGGACAAACUCUACAGUCCUCUUUCUGUGCAAAAAUUAAUUCCAGACUUCAUGUGAAGCUAAUAUGAGUUAGACAAAUCAAAUGGGUAUUUUCCAAAUUUGCAUUUUCACAGAGUGUUUAUUCAGUGAGCAGUGGUGAAGGUAUGGUAACAGCCCUAGGCAAUUUCAUACUGAGGAUUACUUUAAGACAUACUUGAAAAAAUGUGAACCUAUCCUCUAACUGUGUUCAUAAUUGUAUUGCCUAUAGGUAUUUGAUAUUGCUGAAAUAGAAAUAUAUGUACUGGUGGUCUUUCAGAUUUCCAUUUCCACUUUGUACUCUAUUCAGUUUUAGUUCCUGAAAAAGAAAUAAACUAAGUUUUGGAAGAACAAAAUGUUAGGGAAAGCUCUGUGCUCUGACAAAUGCUCCACUUAUUACAUAAUUAAUAGUAGUUUUAUAAUGUUACAUAAGAGUUAUGAGAUAGUGUGCAGUAGAGCAAGAGUGCAAACAUCAUUUCCCCCCCACCUCUUUCCUAGUGCUCAGGGGCUUUUUGGGAACCUGGUCCACAGGACUCUAAUGGAUUCCAGUGGGCAUAUGCUGAUAUGUUUUGAAUACUUUAUCCAAGUUUCCAUCAGACGAUCUACUGAAGUUAGAGUAAAAACAGUUAAAUAGAGAAAGAUAGUCUCAAUAGUAAAAAUAUGUCAUAAUACCCAAUUGAUGUAUACAAUAAUUAGCAAAUAAUGAAUUUUUAUCACAAAUAUUUUCAAAUCCUCAAACAAGUUCAACCCAAUUUAAUACAGUACAUUUUCACUUUUUCCUUUACAAUUCCCAAAUGCACACUCUGUCUACUGUCAUGUACUCUGUUACAUUUGUGUGUUCGUCUUCGGCUCUUUAUCCUCUUGCUAUUAAACUCAUUAAUCCUUCCGUGGAUGAGUCAGUCUUUCGACAUUGUCUGUCAGGCUUUUGAUGCAUUAAAGCUAAAAGCUUAGAGUGUGACAAAGAUAAUGGAUGGUGUUUUAGACCGAACUGGACACAAAGAGUCCUGAUUAUGUUCAGACUGACUGUAGGGUGAUCCAUUAGUCACCCAAACACUAAAGUUAAUAGAGGAAGGGAGGAAAGGAUGAAUGGACAAAUCAUCUGGGAGAGUUAUGUUCAAUCUGGCUCUUCUCUUUCACUUCAUCUUCAGAAUUUUGCAGGUAUGAUAACACAAUUGAUUGCUGUUACUGCACAUCACAUUUUCUGUAAAUACAUUCUGCAAAUGAAUCAGAGAGAGCAGGAGGAUCUGGAAUCUUCUGAACAUCAUUUUGAAUGGAGUUGUAUACCCUAACACCAAUUUAAGGUGAGUUACAAAACUUAUAGCACACUAAUCAACAUUUUGUCAUGAAUGAUACUAUAUAGAGGCUUGAGACUAAAUAUUACAUCCUAAACUGUUAUUAACUGACAGGGGUUAAGCAAAACAAAGCUACCAAAGUAAAAAACAAAAACAUAAAACAGACUCGUUACAACAAAAAAUAUGUAUCUAAAUAUAUAUUGUUAGAUGAAUUGUUAGUUUCAGUUUUCAGUGAUCAAGGAGUCUAAGGAUCUUUAAAUGGUGAAAGUGUACUCAUUUAUGAGUGAUUGAUAUAUACAUAUAUGACUGUAUACAAUGACUGUGUCAACUUUUGAGGUAAAAAUAAUUUACUCAAACUUUAAGUAACCAAUCUCUGAAACCAUAACAAUGUAAGACAAAAACAAAAGUUAAAAUAAAUUAAAGUAAAACCAACUUCAAAGCUACAUUUGAUUAUUUUUUGCUACUUGGGGGAAGUGGAACAAGCUGAAAACACAACAUUUGACAUAUUAUCAUCUUAUAAAUUUCUUAUGGCUAACAUGUUAGCAAAUAAUUUCAGCAGAUACAGAGCAGCAUUAGCAUUCAUUUGGAGUUGUGUUUAUUGCCAACUGAUGAAUGUGAGCCUAAUACUCAUACUCGGCUCUUUAGCUGCUAAAUACUCCACUAUGUUCACCAGCUAGUCACUAACUUUGUCUGCUGUUUGGUGCUGGUACAAGUAGUGUACAGUGGGUUUAUCAGAGCGUAUUUAUUGAGAACAGUUGCCUGCUGUUGCUGGAAAUGGGGUUGGGAUCGGAAUUUGCUGGCCAAAAAAUUCUAAGCUAAAAGAUGAUAAAACUCUCCAUAAAGCUGAGGGAAACAGCAGAGUUGGGUGAUAAUUCUCUGUGGGUUUGUCAAUGCAAUCAACCCCUUUCACAUUACACAUAGUUAUUGGUCCUAAAAAGUGCAUUUGCAUUAGUAUGCACAAUUUUGUAAAAACGCAUGAAUUACCAAUAUAUUCCAUAAUUUCAGGUUUUUCUUCAAAUCUGGAACAGGACACAAUACUGUAACUACAUUGCAGUUCUUCUGUCACAUACCAGUCAACCACCAUGGCCAUCAUUGGUGCUGGCUUCGAUGACCAGUCCUUCAGUAGUGAAGACAGUUACAACCACGUAUUCACAGACACAGAGGCUGCCACAGUCAAAGGUUUGUACUUUCAGCGUGCUCAGCUGCUCCGUGGGUCAGGGGCAUUGUGCCGGUACCUUGAUCCCUCUCAGCAGGCCCUUGUCAACGUGGGGGGCAUCCGGUACGUCUUUCCCUGGAGCACCCUGGAGGAUGUCCCCCAGAGCCGCCUGAGUCGACUGCGCUUCUGCACCACUCUGAGGGAGAUAGCAGAGUUUUGUGAUGACUAUGAUGAAAUGCGUCAUGAAUUCUUCUUUGACCGUGACCCUUUAGCCUUUCGGGCCAUCCUCAACCUCCUGGCCAAAGGGAAGUUGCGUCUGCAGCAAGAGGUCUGCAAUGUGGCUCUUCACAGUGAGCUUCAGUACUGGGGCAUUAAUAUAGGACAGAUGGAGCCCUGCUGCCGCCACCGCAUGAUGUGCUCCGUGGAGGAGGUGACCGAGCACCAGCGCAAGGAAAACGAGUGGCUGCAGCGAAGGAGGGCGCUGAUGGCUCCUGUGGCAGAGGGCAGCCUGUUCCGCAUGCUGGGAGAAGCAGUGGAGAACCCUCAUUCAGGUUUAGCAGGGAAAGUGUUUGCCUUCCUGUCUGUCAUCAUGGUGGUGGUCACUGUGGUCAGUCUGUGCAUCAGCACCAUGUCAGACCAACAACAGGAAGAAGCCAUGGGUAACUGCUCCCAAAAGUGCCGCAACAUGUUUGUAGUGGAGUCUGUUUGUGUUGCUUGGUUCUCCUUAGAGUUUCUGGUGCGAUUUUUCCACGCACAGAACAAGCUGGAGUUUGCCUGUGGCCCUCUGAACAUCAUUGAUGCUGCUGCCAUCUUGCCCUAUUAUGUGUCACUGAUUCUGGAGCUCGGGGAUGAGUCUGUGCAGGAUAUUGUGGCCGGUGCAGGAAAGAGCACCCUGGAUAAACUGGGUCUAGUCCUGCGUGUGAUGAGGGCCCUGCGUAUCCUGUAUGUGAUGAGGCUGGCCCGCCACUCUCUGGGUCUGCAGACCUUGGGGCUGACUAUCCAGCGGAGUAUGACAGACUUUGGCCUGCUGCUGCUCUUCGUGUGUGUCGCUGUGACUCUCUUCUCUCCACUGGUUCAUCUCGCUGAGAGUGAGCUGGCUCCAAACACUGCCAGAUCGCCCCAGCUCAGCUUCAGCAGCAUCCCAGUGUCAUACUGGUGGUCCAUCAUCUCGGUGACCACGGUGGGGUAUGGUGACAUGGUGCCCCACAGCAUCCCUGGCCAACUGGUGGCACUGAUAAGCAUCUUAUCAGGGAUCCUCAUUUUGUCUUUCCCUUCCACAUCUAUCUUCCAUACGUUCCACCGCACCUACACCGAGCUCAAGGAGGAGCACGAGAGGCUGUGGAAGGAGGAGAGGGGGGCUGAGCUCACCACUGAGGCUGAGGAAAGCAUGAAAGAAAGAGAAACUUGGCCUGAUGACUGGCCAGAAACUGAUCUUUUGCCUGGUCUAGAUGAUCCUUAUUACAUUUUCAUGAAAGACAUUACAGUGCUGGCUCGGAGCAAGAGUCAUCAACCUCUUCAUUCUCCAGUGACUUGUUGAGUCACUGUUGUUGAUCAAUAAAGUAUUUCUGAUUCUGAUUCUGAAGAAAGUCUUCCUGGAAGAGUGGAGGCUGUUAUAGUAGCAUAAGAGGUUGUGGAUAUUAAUGAUUUAGCUUCUCAAAUUAAAUCUUGUAAUGUGGGUGUUAAAGUAGAUUAUUUGAUUGUCAGCAUGUUACAUUAUGCAGAUGAUAUAAUGUUACUAGUUGAGCAUGAAAAGGUUAUUGUUAAUGGUGCUGGAUGUGGAGACUGGGGGCAAACCAGAACAAAGCACAAAAAGUCCAUUAGUUGCAAGAGCAUUUGUCUUUUAAGGGUAUUGGUGUUUUAGCAAAUUCUGUGGAUAGUUCAUUACAGAGUUCAUAAGUUUACACCAGUUGUGGCCAUCAGUGGUGAUAUGUAUAAUAUUCAUGUUGCUCAGUGCAAAUAGUUUCUAUGUACAAGGAAAGAUGGUCUGUUGAUGUUGUACAAAGCUAAAUUUAACUUUGUCUCAUGAAAAACAACUACUUAUGUGAAGCAGAAUUUAACCAAAAGUCAAUCUUGGAUUAUGAAAACUUUUAGGAAGGGUACAUUUAUUGUGGGGGGUUUGUUUUGCCGAGUUCAAGAGAGGAGACAAAAUUAUUUGUUUGCAAUCUAAUGUUAUAUGUAAGAAGUUAUGUUCUUUUUUGACAAAUAUUUCACCUUUGCAACUGUAUUUUUGUCUUAAGUAAUAAUAACUUCAAAGUCAAAAAUAACACCUAUAUAAGGAACUCAGACUAGAGGAGAGCUUGUUAAUGCUGCUAGUGCUGUGGCCAGAAGGGGUGAUUAUAACUAUAUAUACUUGCUGGACAUCCAAUUCUUAAUUUCAGCGAGGCAAGACAUUAUAAAGGAUUCAUCGGUGGUACCAGGCUUUAAAGUUGCGUGUCAUCCAGGUAGCAAUUAAAAUCAAUAUUGCAGCAAGUCAUUGGUGACCUUGACCAGAGCAGUCUCAGUGCUGUGUAGAGAUCAAAAACCAGAUUGAAAUUUUUCAAAAAUGUGAUUGUUGUUCAUAAAAGAAAUCAAUUGAGUGGAGACAAUUUUCUUCUAAAAUCUUAGCUUAGAGAUAGGUCUAAAAUGACUUAAAACAGAGAGAUCCAGAAAGGGCUUCUUUAAGAGGGUAAACAGUGGCAUGAAUAACUUUACUCACUAACUAUAGCAGCGUAUUAAUGCUGAUGGUUUUGGAAUGAGAUUUACAAAAAUCAUCAUAAAGUGUAAUGACUGGGUAUCCACAUGUUUUAUCGUAGAAAGGGUUUCAGUCGUAGUCAUCUGGACACUGUUUUCAGAAUCAAGAUGUUUCGGCUCCCAUCCAGAAGUCAUUCUAUUCUAUUCUUUCAGUGUCCAGAUGACUACGACUGAAACCCUUUCUAUGAUAGAACACUCCUGGACGAAUGAGGGACUACACCGUUUCAUCCACAUGUUUUGUUCAGAUGUGCAAAUACUUCUGGCAAUGUAGUGCAUAUGUCAUGUAUAAGGAAAUUACUAUUAAUACAAACACAUUUACAUUAUAUGAACAUUUGUCAGGUAUUCAGGCAACUAAGGCAAUUGCAUUACUCCUACAUGUAUGUGAACACUUUCAUGUGUAUAGUAAUAAAUGUGAAAUUAUUGAUGGAUAA